AGAAACCUGCCAGUUGAGAAAACAGCAGUCAGAUCACAGACCAGAAGACAAGCAUGAGGUUAAACACAGCUUUGAUUGUUGCCGGAACCAUACUUCUCAACAUAGCAGCUUCCCUCUGCCAGUUAGAUGAGUGUGGUCAAGCCCCCCUCAACAACAAGAUUUUUGGAGGGGAGGCUGCAACGGCAGGGGCUUGGCCGUGGCAAGUCAGCAUUCAUAUCACCUGUGAUGGGGAUCUGUGUUAUUGUGGUGGGAGUCUGAUCAAUAAAGACUGGGUUUUAUCGGCAGCUCACUGCUUGCAGGGAUUUGGUACAUCUGAUAUUAUGAUGUACUUCGGGCGCCUGAGACGAUCGGGCUUAAACCCUUAUGAGACAAACAGGACAGCGAGUCGAAUCAUCAUUCAUCAUACCUUUAACAAUCCUAAAAAUGACAAUGACAUAGGACUGAUCCAGCUCUCCUCGUCAGUGACUUUCACUGAUUACAUUAGGCCAGUCUGUCUGGCAGCUGCUGGAAGUACAUUUGCUGCAGGUACAGAGAUCUGGGUCACUGGAUGGGGUAAGCUACAUUCGGGAGGUGAGUGUAGAUUUGUUCCGUUUCCUGACAUACUGCAAGAGGUGCAGGUACCAAUUGUGAGCAACAGUGACUGUUAUAAUGCUUAUGGAGGGCUCAUCACAAACAACAUGAUUUGUGCUGGAUUGAUAAAAGUCGGGGGCAAAGGUUCAUGUCAAGGUGACUCUGGAGGUCCAGUGGUCAGUUGGAAUGGCUCCCUGUGGAUUCAGUCCGGCAUUGUGAGUUUUGCUGGAGUCAAAUGUGAUGACCCCAGAUAUCCCAGUGUGUUCACAAGAGUCUCUCAGUACCAGGACUGGAUCGCCACUAACAUAGCCAACAACACACCAAGAUUUGUCGAAUUUAACAACAAUGGAUUCAGAAGUUCACUCAACCUUUUUUUAUUUUCAAUUUCUCUCACAUUCUCCAUCAUUCCUUUCACCUUCUCCCACUAUCUCUCUUCCUGAAGACUGUUAAAACAGUAUUUCUCAGGGUUAUAAGAGAAAAGCUGUAAUUUACUUGCUCUCAUAAUUAGGUUAAAAAGAAAGAAUAGCUAUAUUGUUAUUUUUGCCAUUUAUUCUUUCUGUUUUAAAAAAAAAAAUCUUGGAAAGCUGAUGUUAAUGACAUUAAAAAGACAUAGACUAAUGAAGUUCAGCAUGCUUGAACCUUGUGAAAUUUAGGAUGUUUGAUCAGCCGAUAUAGAUUUAUAGAUAGCAAUUAUUUUUAUGUUUAUAUGUCUGAUAAUCAACAUGCAGAUCCAGUGUAUAGGGUCUGAAGCUCUGCAAUGUGAUCAGGGAUGAUGGUUGUUAAAAAUAUAAUUAUCUUUAAUCAGU